ACACACACAGCAGAUUUCUGUGGACGAUGGCAGCUUUCAUCAAGAGAGGCCGAGCGAACACACACCAACGCUACAGUCUGAACACACUCGCACAGCGGAGGAGCUGACGGCCGAGCUGGCUAACGCUCAGAGACACACACACAGACUGAGACAGAAGCUGGACCGGACCAGAAACAGGACCAGAACCGGGACCAGGACUGGAGUCAGUACCAGAGAUGGAGGACAGUGGUGCUUCAUACCUCCUGGACACAGUGCUCCCAGUCUGGGCUCUCAGGGGACUCAUGACUCUGGUUUGGGGCUGCAGUACCUCAGGUUCUCCUGAUAGGGGGCGACAGCCGGACAGACUGCCCACAGGAGGAGGGUACUGGGUGUACGUCCCCCCGACACACACCGACUCUGACACAGCAGCAGCAGAGUGGAGGGACAGCGGAGGAGGCAGUGACGCUGACAGGAGCUCCAGAGGACGGACUCCUCCUCCUCCUCCUCCUGCCCCAGCUGCAGGUGUCUCUGCUGGGCUCGCUGACAGUCGGACUCCCCUGGUUGGACCUGCCUGGCUGCUCUGUGGUUCACCUGCUGCCGCCGUCUACAGUCCUCCAGCAGGAGGCGCUGCACUGCACUGUAACAUCCCAGAACACAGAGACACGCAGGGUGACAGGUGUGUGUGUGAGUGUGUACACAAAGAAGCAGAGAGACUGGAGGAAGAGAAGAAGAAACUACGACUGGAAACCAAACAACUACGACACACACUGAGACGACACAGGAGUUUGAUGCAGGUGUGUGAUGAGGUGGAGUGUGUGGAGAAAACUCUGCUGAAGAGACGAGCUGAACUCCGGCAGGCUGACAGGCUGCUGCUGGAGGCUCAGAGCUGCAUACACACCACCAGAGACAAGGCCAGUUCAGCCCAGCGGGAGGCGGACGAGUUACAGCGCACAGCGCAGGACGGCGCCACCUGUCUGCUGGAGGCCACACAGCACAUCAGAGAACUGCAGAAGGAGGUGGAGGAGCUGAGGAGGAGGAGGCAGGAGGAGGAGCAGACUCUGAUGGAGGUCGAGGAGGGUCUGAGGAGCAGAGAUCAGGAGUUCCAACAACUUGGCACAAAAAUACACUCAGCUGCAGACAGAUUAGCUGAUGUGCUGUCAGACCUUCAGGAGUCUCAGAAGCGUCUCAACUCACUCAACAGUCAGGUGGAGCAGCAGGAGCAGAGGCUGGUUCAGAGGAGGGCGGAGCAUCAAACAGCUGUGAACAGAGUGGAGGAGGUCAGAGAGGAGGAGCAACGACUGCAGGACCGAGUCAAGGAGCUGAUGGAGCAGCAGGAGGCGCUGUCGAGUGAGAGGAGGUCCACGGUCUGUGUUCUGAGAGAGGACGAGCAGAGACUCGCCACGGUGCAGUCUGAACUCAACACACACAGAGCAGAGCUAAAACAGGUCCUUCAGGAGUUACUUGUAGCGCAGCAGGCGUUGGAGGAAGUGAAAACCAAACGCACCCGGAGUCUCCAGCGGCUCCACAAGAAGCAGGAUCAGCUGGACAGAAUACAGGACGAGGUGGACAGGAAGCAGGACGAGGUGGACAAGAGGAAGAAUGAGCUGGAAAAGAAGCAGGAGGAGGCGGACAGGAAGAAGGACGAAUUGGACAAAAUGCAGGAGGAAGUGGACAGGAAAAGGAAAGAGCUGGCUGAGCUGCAACAGGAAGUUGAGUCCCACAGAAAGGAGGCAGAGAUUUGUUUGAAAGAGACAAAACAACAGCGAACAGAACUGCAGGUUAGUAGGAAAUACGUUAAAUACAGUUUAUAGGAUUCAAGCUAAAACUGAAUAUUUAGCUUUAUUUCAUAUUAUUGUGACUGCAUGUUAAUUAGAAGGCAGAGCAUUUUCUUUUGUAACCCUUUAUUUCAAGUAUCCCAUAGUUUCCUGAUCACUUUCUAAAAAUGAACUAUGUCACUGUAGUUUGGUAUUAAUUAUAGGGGAAAUGAAUGCACCUUAAAUUACGGCCCAAUGAUUGAUAACGUAACCUUCCACCAAAGUAACCGAAGUAAGUCGGUGCACAGUACAUCAGCUAAACAUGCAAAAAUGUAAACUUACAGUAGGCAGUUGUACCAUGCAACAUAUAUAGAGAAUGAAAGUUUAGACAAAUAAUGAUCAUUUAUUUGUUUUUACUUGGUUCUCAGUUGGUUCUUCCAGUCAUUAAGAUUUUAGCAAUUCUUUGGAUUUGCUCACGUAAUCCAUAACUGCUCACAACUUUACUAAACUAUGUAAAUAUUAAAUCCUCUCCUGGUUAUUUUUUACUAUUAUGUGUAGUUGUCAGAGCAUUGCUGCCAUUUUAUCUCUCUUUUUUUUCUUCAACUAUGUUUAUUGGCUUUUUGUUCAUUUUGAAUAAAAAGAGUAAAUUUCAUUAACAUAAUAUACAUAAUACAUUCACAAAAACCCUCCCUCCCAUCCCCAAUAACACAACAUUGUCGGUCAGAAGAGAAACGUAAUAUUAAAUAUAAAUAAAUAUUUUUGGACAAGGGGG